UCUUCUUCUUCGUCUUCAUUCCCCAUCUCCUCUCUUUUUCUUUGUCUUCAUUCCCCCAGCCUCACCUUCCUUGCUGGGGAUGCACUCUUCCCUCUUGGAUAUGAACACAUUGUAUCCCACACACCCUCUGACCUUGUACCUGAAACCUGCAUCCUUCGUGUGAUUGCUGAGAUCGCCCGUGCUGUGGGAUCAACUGGCAUGGCUGCCGGGCAGUUCCUUGAUAUUGAAGGUGGGCCUAAUUCUAUUGAAUUUAUGCAAGAGAAAAAAUUCGGUGAAAUGGGUGAGUGCUCUGCAGUGUGUGGAGGAUUGUUGGCUGGUGCAGAAGAUGAUGAAGUGCAUAAAUUGAGGAGGUAUGGAAGAGUUGUUGGGGUAUUGUAUCAAGUGGUUGAUGAUUUGUUGGAUGCGAAAACACAGAGUGAGGAAGAUGAAGAGAAAACAAAAAAGAAGGGGAAGAGUUAUGUUGUUGUUUAUGGCGUUGACAAGGCUAUGGAGGUGGCUGAGGAACUCAGAACCAAAGCUAAGAAAGAAUUGGAUGGGUUCGAGAAGUAUGGUGAGAAAGUGGUGCCACUUUAUAGCUUUGUGGAUUAUGCUGCCGACAGAGGAUUUUCUGUUGGUGAUUCAAGUUGAUACAGUUUUCUUUGUGCAUCACACUGCUGAGAAGGGGCUGAAUAUUAUUGUUUUAAGUUCAUUAAG